UGUAUUUCGGUUUGCAGUUCCACCGUUUUAAUAUACUUUUGCAUUACUCUUUGAUUUUUCUUUCAACGUAAGAAUUAUUAAAAUCAAGUAAGUAGGUAGUUUCAAAAUUAUGUUAAUUGGCAAUAUUGUUUAUUUUCGGCUAGGAGCUUUCAUUAGUUAUUAAUUUGCAACACGACCUUCUUUUCGUUGUCAAGCAAGAUGGCGGAUCAGACGGAACGUUCAUUCCAAAAGCAACCAACGGUUUUCUUGAACCGUAAAAAGGGUAUCGGUGUGAAGCGUAGCAGGAAACCACUGAGGUACCACAAAGAUGUGGGACUCGGUUUCAAAACACCUCGUGAGACAGAGAAAGCGUUUCAGAAGCAGGCUACGGUCUUCCUCAACAAGAAGGGGGGACUGAAGAGGAAAGACAUGAGACAUUCUAAGAAUGUCGGUCUUGGUUUCAAGACUCCGCGUGAGGCGAUCGAAGGCACAUACAUCGACAAGAAGUGCCCAUUCACUGGUAACGUGUCGAUCCGUGGUCGUAUCCUCACCGGAGUGGUCCAGAAGAUGAAGAUGCAGAGGACCAUCGUCAUCAGACGUGACUACCUGCACUACCUGCCUAAGUACAACAGAUUCGAGAAACGUCACAGGAACAUGUCGGUCCAUUUAUCUCCAUGCUUCAGGGACGUUGAACUCGGAGACAUCGUGACAAUCGGCGAGUGCAGGCCGCUCUCCAAGACCAUCCGUUUUAACGUACUCAAAGUCACGAAGGGCAAGGGCUCCAAAAAAUCCUUCAAAAAGUUCUAAAUAAACUUAUGUUUUAAGUAUUUUGUUUUUUUUUUGUUUGUGUUUACUCUAAUUCAGGGCUGUCCAAACUAUAUACCCUCGCGGG